GUGACAGCGGCGGCGGCGGCGGCGCCUCGGGCUGGACCCAAUGGAGCUGGAGAAUAUCGUGGCCAACACGGUGCUGCUCAAGGCGCGCGAGGAGCGGGACUACCACACUUUGUGUGAUAAACUGCCGAUUGGACGUCUGCUGUUCCGGCAGUUUUGUGACACACGAGUAGAACUCAUGCGCUGUGUCAAGUUCCUGGAUGCUGUGGUCGAGUAUGAAGUAGCCCCGGAUGAGAAACGGAAAGAAUGUGGGAAACACCUAAUUGAAGUAUAUUUGAAUCCUAAGAGUGCGGACCACGUCCCUGAAGUGCCCUUGGAGCUAGUGAAUCUGUGUUCUGAGCAACUGGAACAGGAACCAAGUGAAGAACUCUUCAAGGAAUCUACCAAGCUCAUCCAUGACUACCUUAGUGUGGCACCUUUCGCAGAUUAUCUUGACAGCAUUUAUUUCAACCGCUUCCUGCAGUGGAAGUAUCUGGAAAGGCGGCAUGUAACCAAGAACACUUUCCGUCAAUACCGUGUGCUGGGGAAGGGAGGCUUUGGAGAGGUUUGUGCUUGCCAGGUGCGGGCCACCGGAAAGAUGUACGCCUGCAAGAAGCUUGAGAAAAAGCGGAUAAAAAAGCGGAAAGGGGAAGCCAUGGCCUUAAAUGAGAAGCAGAUACUGGAGAAAGUGAACAGUAGGUUUGUAGUGAGUUUGGCCUAUGCCUAUGAAACAAAAGAUGCUCUCUGCUUGGUUCUGACUCUCAUGAAUGGUGGAGACUUGAAGUUUCACAUCUACCACAUGGGGGAAGCAGGAUUUGAAGAGCCACGGGCUGUUUUCUACGCGGCUGAAAUCUGCUGUGGCUUGGAAGACCUCCACCGAGAGAGGAUAGUUUACAGGGACUUGAAGCCAGAGAAUAUUCUACUGGAUGACCAUGGUCACAUCCGCAUUUCUGACCUGGGACUAGCUGUUCACGUUCCGGAAGGACAGACAAUAAAAGGCCGGGUUGGAACUGUUGGCUAUAUGGCUCCUGAAGUUGUGAAGAAUGAACGGUACACAUUCAGCCCAGAUUGGUGGGCUUUCGGAUGCCUGCUCUAUGAGAUGAUUGAGGGCCAGUCUCCAUUCCAACAGCGCAGGAAAAAGAUCAAGCGUGAAGAAGUGGAACGUCUGGUGAAGGAAGUCCAGGAAGAGUAUUCUGAGAAGUUCUCACCUGCCUCCCGCUCCCUGUGUUCCAUGCUCUUGUGCAAAGACCCCUUGGAACGGCUGGGGUGUGGAGGGUCUGGUGCUCAAGAGGUGAAAGACCACCCUCUGUUUAAACAUCUGAAUUUCAAGCGAUUGGAAGCUGGGAUGCUGGACCCACCUUUUAAACCUGAUCCCCAAGCUAUUUAUUGUAAAGAUGUCUUGGAUAUUGAGCAGUUUUCCACAGUCAAAGGGGUAGAGCUAGAACCAACGGACCAUGAUUUUUAUCAUAAAUUUGCAACAGGAAGUGUCCCUAUUCCCUGGCAAAAUGAGAUGAUAGAUACAGAAUGUUUCAAAGAGCUGAAUGUUUUUGGCCCAGAUGGCAUCAUACCUCCUGAUCUGGACUGGAAAGUGCAGCAGCCUCCCCUUCCCAAAAAGGGUCUGCUCCAGCGUCUCUUCAGCCGACAGGACUGUUGCGGGAACUGCAGUGAAAGUGAUGAGGAACCAACUCGCUUAUGAGCUGACUCAGAAAAGAAGGCCCUCGCUUUCAGUCG